UUUCCAAAACAGGAAGUCAUCGCCAUAGUGAUUUUUGACAAGUGCUCUGCCUAUAUUUUUUAAUUUGUUUGUUAAUUUAGUGCUCGGUUUUCUGCAGUAGGAUUUUCCUAAAGCCUCGCAGUUAUGAGUGCCGUAACAACGGCAACGAGUGUGAGUACCUCAGACCCUGGGUCUGUAACGACUGGACGUCAACCACCAGACCAGGUCCCUGAGGAAAUCCCAACGGUCAGCGAUGAGGCUCUCAGAUUUAUUGACAGUAUAGUGGCUGAGGAUGACUACAAGUAUUUGAUGUUUGAUGACCACCUGGUGACUGUAUCAGACACCGGCAAAGAACUCGGCGAGUUCACAAUCUCAGUCGAGCCCACUCGCUACAAGCAGACUGACUGCUUCCUUAUCCAUGCCAACAGCCAUGGCUCAAUCGAUGGCGUGCCAUGCGGAACAUCCAUAACGGCGUAUGUUGCACAGAACCUGGAGACCAUAGAACAGCAGCAUCACGAAUACGUGAAGCUGGAAAACUGUCCAUUAGAUAGAAAGACCUUUAUUGUGAAGCAGCCUGAUAACUUCAUUAUUAACAGGGUCAUCACUCAAGGGGAGGAUGUCCAGAGAUCGUCAAAAACAGUUGAACUGGCCAAAAUGAAGGGAUUUAUUUCAGAAGGGUCCAACUUACUUCUCCACCGACUACUGAUAGAGAAGGGAAUUCCAGACAACCUACAGUUCCUGUCCUUUGAUUCCGAUACCAAUCUGUGUUCUGUCAUUUAUAGACCGUUAGAGGACCGGACACAGACGGUGGGCAGCACUGAGAUCCGCGUGUUCGGGGUGGAGCGGACCAUCAACUCCUACUCUGACCUACCCACCACCUGGCAAUCAUACUUCAUGCAGGACUGUCACAUGACCAACAGAGUUCAGGUGGGGUCACCUGUGACGAUGAAACUGACCUCCGUUCCACAGCUGAUAGAAAGAGAUGAGGAACCCCCAAAACCUGUUUUUGAGAAGAAAGCUUUGAGUUGGGAGGAUGAUAUGCAGCUGUAUUCAAAGUUUCUGGACAGAAAGGAGGAGUUGAAGGGUGACCACACAACGUACAUGCGCUCACAUCCGGAGCUGAAGAACCUGUUGGCCGAUUUCCUCCAGUUCCUGUUGCUAAGGAAACCUGACGAUGUCGUCCAGUUCGCUGCCGAGUAUUUCUCCUCUUUCUCCGCCUCCAUGCCGUCCAUGACUCCGUAUUUGGCGUCAAAUGCUCCAACACCGUUUCCCGCCAGCCGAACAAACACCAAAAUUGAUCAAUUAAGGGCACCCACACGAUAGAUAGACUGACUGUAUUGGAGCAACAGAGUGUUGCUCAGGACAGUUGUCUGAUUGAUGGGAAUUGUGUGAUUGUUCAAAGCAGAUUUGUUGAUAUUUUAUGAGCUUGUGCGUAUUUCAUUUGUUCUGUUAUAUAACGAUACACCUAGCUGUCUCAUUCAAGUCUCUUUUAAUUAUUUUUCAUGUGGAAGUUAAAUUUAAAGGAAUAUUCAUUGGGAGAUACACUCAAAGAUAAUUUAUUUUUCACUGAAUGUGAGAAUUUAUAAGAUGUAUUCUGACUGUAUAAUAUGUAAAGCAAGAUAAAAACUCACAUGAAUUUAAAUUUAUUGCUGUCAUAUAUUUCAUGCAUUAGUAAGAUCUAAAUGUUAUAUGUGAAAUUCAUAUUAGACAAAAGGUAGUAUGGGACAUCUGUCAUUAUUAAUGUUGAUUAAAGUACAUAUUAUACCCGUAAUUAGAAUACUUUCACCGCUUUGGAAUUUUCAGUUUUACAAUAUUUAACCAAAAAAUAGCUCUUGAAAAAUAUUUGGAGAGGUAAAAGGUGUAGAACCCCAAACAGGAACGUGACUUACAGAUUUACUAAAUCCUCUAACCCACUGCGCUGUUAGAUGACAAAACUGGAAAAAAAACUACUUAUAUAAUUUCACAUUAUUUUAUCGUUUAUUUCAAUAAACAAUAAGCCACAACAUGGAGGUGUCCCAUACCAUCUUACGUUGUGUUGAUGGCAAUCAUACUUAAAGUUUUAUUUUGGACAAGUAUUAUUAACAUCGAAUAAAGUAUAGAGAAAUUAAUUCUCUAUGUAUUGUAUGCACUAGUUUUGAAUAAAAAUGGGUUUGAGUUGACUUAUAACAACUCUAAUGUUUGUUAUUUUAAAAAUUGUUGUUUUAAUUUUUUUUCACUGAAAUUAGACUACAUGUACUUGCAUAUAAAACUGAAUUAAAAACGGAGUUUUUGAAGGGCAUUUGUAACUCUGUGUAAUUUGUCUACUUUUAUGUGUUAUUGAGAAAUCUUAGAUUCUGUGAUAAAAAUAUGUAUAUAAAUUAUUUGUUAAAAAACCAUAUACAUGUUAUUACUAAAUGCCAUGAAGAGAAGGUCUGAAAUGUGUAUAUAAUACGAAUGAUGAUUAAAGUGAAAAAUUCAACGUCAGUUAAUUUUUGUUGAGGAGAUAAAGAGAGAAGGCAAUGAAUACUAUACUGGUCAGCCACUGACAGAGAAAAGAACGAACCCGACAUUAGAGACAUGUAUAACGUAUAUAAGUAUGGACGUCCCUGACAUGCAUUUUGCCUGUAACUUUUUACCGAUAUUUAUGUGCAGAUACAUGUAUUUACCAUCAACUUAUCAUUGUAUACUAGUAUCUAUUGUUGAACUGUUGAAGCAAUAAAGUGAAUACUUUAUACACA